AUGGCAGCGGCUCAGAUUAUGCUAGAUGAAUUUCAUGAACCCCUAUCUACACAUGCGGACGACUGCAACACCUAUGUACUAGGACGUGUGAGGCAACAUAAUGUUGUUAUUGCAUGCUUACCAGCACAGCAGUAUGGAACAAUCAACGCAGCAAUAGUCCUGACGAACAUGAAGCGAACUUUUCCAGCAGUCCGUGCGGGUUUGAUAGUAGGCAUCGGUGGAGGUGUGCCAAACAAGGCUGAUGUGCGACUAGGCGAUAUCGUCGUCGGCACAAGGGUGAUGCAGUAUGAUCUUGGGAAAAUCUUGGAAGACGGGAAGUAUCAACGAACAGCAAUACCAAGGACUCCUGGGCUGUUGCUCGGAACGGCUGUUUCUGCCCUUCGGUCGAAACACGAACUGAGAGUCAGUGGGAUUCUAUCCAUUCUGCACCAGAAGCUAGAAGGACACUCCGAGUACGGUCGCCCAGAUUCACCCGAUCUUCUCUUCCACGCAACAUAUGACCAUAGACCCUCCUCAACGUCCAGCUGCGAUAAAUGCGACCAUACAAAACUGGUACCACGAGACAGACGGGUAUCGAACGAUAUAACGAUUCAUUAUGGCGCAAUCGCUUCAGGGAACCAGGUCAUAAAAAACGGAAUUACGCGGGACAAUGUUGCUCGGGAAUUGGAUAUAAUAUGUUUUGAGAUGGAGGCUGCUGGCCUAAUGGAUAUACUCCCUUGUCUCCCAAUUCGGGGUAUUUGUGAUUACUCUGAUUCGCACAAGAGCAAAGAGUGGCAGAGGUACGCCGCAGCAACUGCGGCAGCAUAUGCAAGAGAUCUCAUCGGAGAGAUCCCUACGGUUGACACAAAUGCGAAACCGUAUAGAACAGCCGAUGCUUAUCAUUUCUUAUCGCACGAAUUUCGGCAGCGCUUAUUAGAUUCCCUUAGAUUCAAUCAAAUUGACUCUAAAAGAUCAACAAUUAGGAAUCCGCACGACAUGACCUGUCAAUGGCUCUUUAGCCAUAUCGACUACGAAGCAUGGCUUAAUCCCGCAAAAUUGACGCACCACCAUGGCUUUCUGUGGAUCAGCGGCAAGCCAGGUGCUGGCAAGUCAACUAUGAUGAAGGCUGCCUACAUAAAUCUGAAGCUCAAAGACGACAAUGAACAUGCUAUCACUGCUUCCUUUUUCUUCAACGCCCAAGGUGAAGGCCUAGAAAAGUCGAUCUUGGGGAUGUAUCGAUCAUUGUUGCUUCAGCUGCUAGAAGGAUACCCUGACCUUCAGACAGUUUUAAACGAUCGUGGGCUUGUUUCUCAGAGUCAAAAUGGUUGCCCUCCAUUGAAUGUUCUCAAGGACCUCUUUUGCAACGCAGUUUCCGCUCUCGGCCAACGCUCAUUUACCUGCUUCGUCGAUGCUCUUGACGAGUGUGAUGAACAGCAAAUUGUGGAAAUGGUCCAAUACUUUGAGGACCUAGCCAAAAAAACUACAGCCCAGAGAAUCCAAUUCCGGACAUGUUUUUCGAGUCGACAUUACCCUUAUAUCUUCAUCCAACAGGGAAUUCGCUUAACCUUAGAAGAUCAGCCUGGCCAUACAGAAGAUAUAGCAACAUACAUUGAGAGUCGCCUCCAAGUUGACGGCCCGGUACUUGUCAAAGAAUUGCGAGCUCAGCUUCUCAAUAGAGCUGCUGGUGGUUUUAUGUGGGUUGUCCUGGUAGUCGAUAUUCUUAAUAUGGAAUCUCGGCGGGGUGGGAUGGCUUUGAAGAAGAAACUCGCAGAAAUACCAAGUGAUUUAAGCGAUCUUUUCAGAAAUAUCCUAAGACGGGAUAAUGGUGAUACGGAAGCUCUCCUGCUUUGUAUCCUCUGGGUUUUGUACGCAAAGCGGCCUUUAAAACCGCAGGAGUUCUGUCAUGCUCUCUGGGCAGGGUUAUCUCCAAGGGGAUUAGUCGAUGAUGAUAUUCCGGAUUUUACCAUUCAAGUUCCCAGUCAAAACCUCGACAGGGUUAACAGAUUUGUCAUCAGCUCCUCAAAAGGACUUGCUGAGACCACGAACUCUAAGCCUCCUACAGUUCAAUUCAUACAUGAAUCCGUUCGGGACUUUCUUAUCAAAGAUAAGGGUCUGCAUGAGUUAUGGCCUGACCUUGGGUUUGACUGCGAGAGUCUAAGUCACGAGAAACUCAAACAAUGCUGCAAGACAUACCUAACUCAUGCUGUUGCGCGCGCAGGUAUUGGCAACCUCUUAUCAAACUCCAAAGACGGGGUGAAAUUACCAAAGGAGUACCCAUUUCUAGAGUAUGCCAAUCAGCAUAUCCUUCAUCAUGCCAAUGCUGCCGCGAAAAUGUUUUCCCAGGACGAGUUCCUAGAUUAUUUUCCUAUUUCGAACUGGACUAGCGUUCACAAUCUUUUUGAGAGGUGCAACACUCGAAAGUAUAGCCCGGGUGUAAACCUGUUCUAUAUCCUCGCAGAAAAAGGAUUUUCCGAGCUUAUCCGCACGCGGCUUAAGGAAGACCAGGAAAUUCAUGUCCUUGGGGAGCGAUAUCAUUAUUCAAUUUUUGCCGCUUUAGCUAACAACAACAAAGGGGCUGUUGCUGCUCUUCUGAACUCAACUUCGAGUAUUUAUGAUGGAGUCGAUAUUACAGAGGGUCUUACCUACAAGCGAGAUCUUAAAGAUUACAAGGAUCGAACGCCACUAUCUUGGGCGGCCCAGGUUGGCCGAGUAGGUAUUGUGAAGCUACUUCUCCAGACAAGAACGACCGUCGAUGAAGUGGACAGCGGCGGGCGAACUCCAGUUUCACGGGCCUCAGAGAACGGUCACGAAGAGGUGGUGAAGCUUCUUAUCGACAUGGGAGCGAACGUCAACGUUAGCGAUAAAGAUGAAUUGACGCCACUUCUGUAUUCCUUAAGAAGUGGUCACGAGGCGAUAGCGAAGCUUCUCGUCGAUAAAGGUGCAGACCUUAACGUUAGCGAUAAACACGGAUGGACACCACUUCGAUGGGCUUCAAGGGAAGGUCACGAGGCAGCCGUAAGGCUUCUCAUCGACAACGGAGCAAACGUCAACGCUAGGAACGAAAAUGGAUGGACACCACUUCAAUGGGCCUUAAGCAAUAAUCAUAAGGUAGUGGUGAGGCUUCUUAUCAGCAAGGGAGCAGACAUCAAAGAUAUCCAGCGGAAUAUAUCAGCACUACUCAUUAGCGCCUCCGCAGAUGGCGACGAGGUAGCUAUAAGUUGUCUUAUCGAUAAGGGAGCAGAUGUUAACGCUCCUAACUACACUGGAUGGACGCCACUUUUACGAGCUAUACAAAAAGGCCAUGAGGCAGUGGUGAGGCUACUCAUCGAUAAAGGGGCAGAUGUUAAUACUAGCGAUAAAGCUGGGUGGACACCGCUUUUACGGGCCAUACAAAACGGCCAUAAGGCAGUGGUGAGGCUUCUCAUCGACGAAGGAGCAGAUGUUAACACUAGCGAUAAAGCUGGGUGGACACCACUUUUACGGGCCUUACACAAAGGCCUAGAGGCGGUGGCAAGGCUUCUCAUCAAUAAAGGGGUAGAUGUCAACGCUAGCAACGAAAAUGGAUGGACACCACUUAUAUACGCUACAACACAAGGCCACGAGGCGAUAGCGGAGCUACUUAUCGAUAGCGGAGCAGACCUCAAUGCUAGCGAUAAAGCUGGGACAACACCACUUCAAUGGGCUUCAAAGACAGGGUGUAAGGCAAUGGUGAGGUUUCUCAUCGAUAAAGGGGCAGAUGUCAACGCUACUAGCGAAAAUGGACGGGCACCACUUAUAUGUGCUGCAAUGCAAGGCCACGAGACGGUGGUGGGGCUUCUUAUCGAUAGGGGAGCAGACAUCAACGCUUGCGACGAGAAGGGUUGGAUGCCACUUCGAUGGGCCUUGAAAAUGGGCCACGAGGCGAUAGCAAGGCUUCUUAUCGACAGGGGAGCAGACAUCAACGCUAGUGACGAUGGAUGGAUGCCACGACGAGCAUUACAGAUGCGACACGAAGCGGUAGCGAGGCUUCGUAUCGACAGGGAUGCAGACGUCAACAAGAGCGACAAGAAUAGAAAAGAGGCUUCUCCAGUAGACCUUAUAGGAUGA